AUGGUAGUAGAUUACUCAAAAUGGGACAAGAUCGAAAUAUCUGAUGAUUCAGAUGUGGAAGUUCACCCAAAUGUGGACAAGAAAUCCUUCAUCAGAUGGAAACAACAAAGUAUUCAUGAGAAGAGAAUGCAAAGAAACCAGGAUAUCAAGAAUUUGGAGGCACAAUUAGAGAUGUAUAAACAUUUGAACAAACGAGUUGAUAAGUUAUUGAAUGAGUUUCAAGAUGAGGAUUUUGCCUCUAAGGAGAAGAUCUCUAAAUUCUUGAAUGGAUCAUUUGAUAAAAGAGAGAAGAGUGAAGGUGAAAAUGUGGAUCCUGAUAUUGCAACUUAUAACGAGAUGGUAGAAGAUUUAUUUGAUCAAUUGGGAAGAGAUGCCAAGAAAGAAGGUAAUGAUCCCAAUAAUGGUAAAAUUAUAAAGGGUUUAUUAUUGAAACAUAGAGCAAAAAUUGAUUCCGUUUCCAAAGAGGCAACAGAAAAACUUAAGGAAUUAUAUAUUGAAAAGAAUGCUCAUAUUUCAUCAGAAGAUAUUCACACUGGUUUUGAUAGUAGUUUUAUGAACACCAAAACUGUUGAGGAAGAUACCAAAGCUGCCGAGGCUGCAGCAAAGGCUAUUGAUUCUGUUAAAAUAAAUGAAGCUAAAAAUUCUUUAUCAGAAAUUGCUGUGACUCCUAGUAAACAGUUGGACCUUCCAGCGGCACCUUUACAAUUCAUCGAAUACAAGGAUGACGUGAUGAAACUGGCACCAGAAACUGAAGAAUUUGGUAACAUUUCUGUCAAUGAUUAUAAGAAGUCUGAACAAUUUUUACUGUCUCAUAUGCCAAUCAUUUCAGAACAACAGAAAGAUGCGUUACUAAUGAAAUCAUUUGAAUAUCAACUUGAAAAGGAUGAGUUACAUACUUAUCAAGUAAUCCAUCAAUCUGAAUUAUUAGCAUAUAUCCGUGAAAUUUACGAUUUGAAGAAGAUUCCAUUCUUGGAUGUGGAAGAAAUGAAGAACAUUAUUACCAUGUUUUUCCAAAAAGUUAUGUUUAAUGCAGGUAAUCAAAGAGGGAUGGAAUCGUUUUUAGAUUCUGUUAAGACUAAGUUCAAUCAUAUUAAAGAACGUUCAAAGGUAUUAGCCGAAGAAUCUGUCAACAAAGGACAAUUUUCUUCAGAUGAUGUUGAAGGUGUUCCGAUUGUUCAAUUGAAAUCUUUAGAUGAUUCUACGGAAUUGGAAGUACAUUUCCCAGAUAUGAAUUCAACUGACCCUGAAGAAUUAAAAAAGAUUGAGGCCUUUAAUAAGAUUCCAAAGAAAAUGCAAGAUGCUGUGAAGACAGGUGACAUUAAUGAAGUGAACGAAGUAUUUAAGGAUAUUCCAGAAGAUGAAGCUGAGCAAAUUCUAGAGUGGUUUAAUGAAGCUGACGUGAUUGGUGUGAGAGCUGUUCUUGAUGAUGAGGAAGAUUUCAAGAAGUUACAAGAAGAAUAUAAUAAAACCAAGCAUUCUGAUAAAGAUCACCACGAUGUGCAUGAAGUAUCUGAUGAUGUUGAAGAGCUUGAUACAGCUGAUAUUGUUGAUUGA